UUUCGGUGUGCAGCGCCUCUGACGGAUAGAAAUGUCAUUACCUAAAAUUCAUUCACGACACUUAUAUGAUAAAUAUCAGUGAUUUCCUCCAGUUUGCAGGUAUAAGAGUAUGACGAAAUGAUGCAGUAUAUAUCACAGAGCCUCAAAAAUAAGAUAGCUACUAUUUACUAGAAUAUUAUACCAAUGGGCAGCAGUGGAAUGAAUGACGAGUUAGUCCGCUUGAAUGUUGGUGGUGUAACAUACACAACAAUGAUGUCUACCCUCUCUCGAUACCCUGAUUCCAUGAUCGGGGCAAUGUUUAAUGGAUCUAUGCGACCUGGUAAAGAUGAUCAAGGUUGUUAUUUUAUUGACAGAAAUGGCGAAUUAUUUAAGUAUGUCCUGGACUUCUUACGUUCUUCACAACUCACUCUACCAGAAAAAUUUGACAAUCUCGAUGGUCUCGCUGUUGAGGCUGAUUUCUACCAAAUCAAUCCUCUCAUUGAGGCAAUCAAAGCAGAACAAGGACGUAAACUGAAAGCUGCCUGGGGUUUCUCUGGUCAUAUGCUAGAAAUCAUUGAGGUACGGACUGGUUUAGUAGCGACAAUGCCAACAUUUAAUGCCAGGGUUAAGACAAUAAUCUCAGCAAGGAAAGAUAUUAUUAUGUCAAUGAUUCCCGUGAUUGAAGAAAGCUGCACGGAGAAAUUACAUGGUAAAAGAGAUUCAGAUUUCACAGAACUUGAGCUGAAUGGUAGCAAUAUACGUUUGAGAUUAGGCGAAUAUUUGAAACAGACCAAUUGGAGAUUACAAGACACUCAUAUGUCCUCGUCAUCAGCAAUUGAUCCUAAGAACGUCAUGGGGGUUUUGCUGAUAGAACAUAGCUACAAAGAUAGAUGGAUACUUGAUAAACAGAGAACCUCACCUGAGGAAGCUUCAACAGAUACUUAAUUGGAUAUAUCAUGUCCCUGACAUAGUAGCAGUUGGUUGACUUGCUCCCAAUCCCAAUUUAAAAUUCAGUCUUUGCAUCUGUUCAUAUAUACACUAGAGAGUAGAGACUGUGUAGUGUGUCUUUAGCCACUAGUUACAUCUAUUCACUACUACAUUGUAUACUGUAUCUAGUAUUGUUUAGGUUCAAAUAAUGUUCCAAGUAUUGCAUCUGUUUACCCAAUGUCAAGCGAGUGUUGUUUCUGUUCACAAUGUGUCAUAGUAGUACUGCAUCUUUUUUUCAGAAUGUCUCACUAGUAUUGCUUCUGUUCACAGAAUGUCACAUUAGUAUUGCAUCUAUUUUAGAAUGUCA